ACUGAGACAGCAAUGUAACGGAGAGUGACGGACUCCUCCCAUCACCAUGAGCAUGCUGGAACCCUUCGUCCUCCUUUCCGCACUUCUACGCUUCAGCCCCUCAUAGAAGUUAAGAAUCCUAAACGAAAUAGAGGGAUCGCCAAUCGUAGCUUCUGGGCUUUCCCUGCGGCGAUUUCUUCGGAGUUCUUUCAGCUGGAGAUGGCCAGGCUAGAUCCGAAACCCUUGGUUGGUUAAUGGUGUUUAUUGAUGUAUCGGUCUGCGAUUUUGGCUCUUCGAGGCCGGACCUUUCUUGAUCAACUAGUGACUUCCAUAGGAUUUUCAGUAUUCGUCUAAUAGAAUUUUGGAGGUAUUGUGCGUUAUCUGUUUCAAGAUGGGAGCAAAUUGUUGUGUAGCUGCAAGGGGCAAACCGUUGCCUACUAGGAAUGUUCAUGAGGUGUCUACUUACAGGAACAGUAGAUACUCCCCUUCUUGGAGCUUUCGGUGGGACAACAGAACUCACAUUGAGGACAUUGUGGAAAACAUGGUGUAUUUUUCUCAUCAUAACAGUGGAAAUGCUACCUCUGAAGUUAAGAGUGCAGCAGAUACAGAAACUGAUGGCCUUUCUGAUAGUGAAAGUCCACCUAAAGCUUUUUCAUCUUCCCAAUGGAGAAAGCCCUGUGUAAGUGAAGGCUCUAAUAACUUCAAAUUCAUUGCUUCAGAUGAAACCACACCAGGCAAUUUAUCUCCAGAGGGAAAGGACCCUAUCAAAUCAUCUGGUUUUCCAACUGCUUCUUACAAUAAUUCCUCAGCUGCUAUUCCUUCUUCAUCUCCUCUAGCAAUCAAGGUGGAUGAUCCUUCCUCCUCGAUGAGCCGCUUUAUUCCAUCUGAUCCAACUUCUUCGAGAAAGGCCCGCCGUUCUCCUGGUUAUCAACUCUGUAGACAAAUCUCCUAUAGCAGGAUUCCAUCUCUCAAGUCCCUUAAUGAAGGUAGUUCUCCUGAAGUAGGCAGGCACUCCUUUGUUCUUAGCAAUGAACUUUCUGCAGGAGAAUCUCAUGGCGGUUCUUCUGAUGGAUGGUCCAUGCGCACAUUUUCAGAACUUGUUGCCUCUUCCCAGAGAGAUAGGUGGUCAUUUGAAAGUGAAAACCUCACCUCUUUCACUAACAAGAUAUUUAGUCCCAGUUUCCUGCCAAAAUCUGCUUGCUCUUCAGAUCUGCAAACUUGUUUUAUAUGCUCAAAGAUAUUGAAGGAGAAAUCUCCAUGGAGCACCCAUAAGAUAGUCUCAACAAAUGAUCUUCCUAUUGUCUCAGUUCUAGUCUGUAGCCAUGUUUACCAUGCUGAGUGCUUGGAGAGCUCCACAUCUGAGAUUGAGAUGUAUGAUCCGCCUUGCCCGGUGUGUGCAAAUAACGGUGAAAGGCCCGAGCUGAAACAAUUUGGGAAAUUUGAGCAGAAGGGAAGGAAUAAAAUCUCACGAAUCGCUGUUGCUGAUGCAGAUCCUGAUGCUCCCAGACAUUCUAUUUCUAUGGGCAGGAGAAGUGGUAAGAGACCCAUCAUGGGAGCCAGUUCCAGUGGAAAGGGCUCCUCUAGUAAGCAAUUUCUGAAGAGGCACUUCUCCAUUGGGUCAAGGCCUGUACGUUCGGCAUCCGAAAGUGAGACAACUAGGAAGAAAGGAUUCUGGGCAAGAUACCAAAGAGACUGAGUGUGUUCAACAUCAGCUCUGGUUUCUUAUAGCUUGUUGGUUUAGCUGAAUGUGAUCAAUAUCUGUUACUGAAGUUCUUAAGAAUUAUAGAAUCUUCCACACCACACCUUUUGGGAUGAUGCCAUAGCCUAGUUGUUAGUUAAAUUCAUAAGAUUUGUUUGAACUUAUUCUAUGUAAAGUGCUUGUUAGUAUGAGAAGUGAUUUAGGUCAUAUUAGAAUUGACCUGUUUUUGGUGAUUCAUUGAAGAACUGUUUGCAUACUAAAUGAAUUAGGGAAAAAGAGAUGAGAAACUCUUAACUGCAAUUAAGUUGAUAGACAGGAACAAUUAAAUGUGGUUGAAAAUCUCUUGACACAAACAUGGGCUAGAUUUAUGACAGCUCUUGACUGCAAUUC